CUCUCUCAGAAUCAGCCCGAUCAAUAAUACUGUCUGUAAUCGAUGCACGAGUCUGUGUGAUAGAUAGUCUUUUAUCUCUUCUUCUUCUUCUUCCCUUGUUCUGAUCCACCUACCGCAGGAACAUGCUGCGCGUGAGGGCGGCGGUGCGCCAGUCUUGGAGAGGGUUGAAAACGUUCCCAUGUGCAGCGGUGGAGGUGAAAAAUGAGCCGAUCCUGGGCUUCAAAGAAGGGAGUGCAGAAAGGAAAGAGCUGCUGAAGGCCUUAGACAGUCUGAAGGGGAGGACAGAGGAGAUCCCCUGUGUGGUUGGAGAUGAACAUGUGUGGACCAAAGACGUCAGAUAUCAGCUUUCUCCGUUCAAUCACUCGCACAAGGUGGCAAAGUUCUGCUACGCUGACAAGGAGCUGAUCAACAAAGCCAUCCUGGCGUCCGUGGCGGCGAGGAGAGAGUGGGACCUGAGGCCCGUCCGGGACAGAGCCCAGGUCCUCUUCCAGGCGGCCGACGUCAUCAGCGGACCCAAGAGAGCAGAAAUCCUCGCCAAGACCAUGAUCGGGCAGGGGAAGACGGUGGUCCAGGCGGAGAUCGACGCCGCUGCAGAGCUGAUCGACUUCUUCAGAUUUAACGCCAAACAUGCCAUUGAGCUGGAGCAACAGCAGCCAUUAGAUUGCGAUGGCAGCACAAACACCAUGCUGUAUCGAGGCCUGGAGGGUUUUAUUGCAGCUGUGGCCCCUUUUAACUUCACUGCUAUUGGUGGAAACCUGGCAGGUACUCCGGCUGUGAUGGGUAACGUGGUGCUGUGGAAGCCCAGUGACACCGCCGUGUCUGCCAGCUACGCUGUCUACAAAGUCCUGAGGGAGUGUGGCCUCCCCCCAAACAUCAUCCAGUUCCUACCGGCUGACGGUCCGGUGUUCGGAGACGCUGUCACCUCCUCCGAGCACCUGGCCGGCAUCAACUUCACCGGCAGCGUCCCGACGUUCAAGCGUCUUUGGAAGCAGGUCGCCCAGAACCUGGACACCUACAGGACCUUCCCCAGACUGGCAGGAGAGUGCGGCGGGAAGAAUUUCCACUUUGUCCACAAGUCGGCGGACGUUGAGAGCGUGGUGAAGGGGACGAUCCGCUCGGCGUUCGAGUACGGAGGUCAGAAGUGUUCGGCCUGCUCCAGGAUGUACGUACCUGACAGCAUGUGGCCGCAGAUCAAACGGCAGCUUCUGGACAUUCACAGGAACAUCAAAGUGGGAGACCCUGUGGAAGACUUCAGCACCUUUUUCUCAGCGGUGAUCGAUGAUAAGUCAUUUGCUCGGAUAAAGUCGUGGCUCGACCGAGCCAAGUCCUCCGCUAAUCUAAAAGUCAUCGCUGGAGGAAACUGUGACGACAAGAAGGGUUACUUUGUGGAGCCGACCAUCAUCGAGACCACAGACCCAAAGGACGCCAUCAUGCAGGAGGAAAUCUUUGGGCCUGUUCUGGCAGUUUAUGUUUACCCUGAGAACGAGUACAAAGCGGCGCUGCAGCUGAUAGACAACACGUCCCCGUACGCCCUGACGGGAGCAGUGUUCGCUCAGGACAAGAAUGUGAUCGACGAGGCGGCGAAAGCCUUGAGAAACGCCGCGGGGAACUACUAUGUAAACGAUAAAUCCACCGGCUCAGUUGUCGCUCAGCAGCCGUUCGGUGGCGCCAGAGCUUCAGGAACCAAUGACAAACCCGGAGGUCCACACUACGUCCUGAGAUGGACGUCGCCGCAGGUGGUGAAGGAAACCCACGUCCCCCUCACAGACUGGAGGUACCCCUACAUGGGCUGAGAGGGAGUCUGCUGGUCCAAUCAGAGCCUUCCCUCCGUCAGCAACCCUCUGUCUUUGCGCUGAACCUGGACCUGAAUGUAUUUGAGGAAGUGGGAUCCAUAAAAACUGAUCGGGCUGCAGCCGCCUGGUGGCGAUCGACAGAUUGUCUCCGACGUCUUUCAGCGUCAACACGCUUUUAUCUGACCGAGAGUCAGCAGAAAUGUUGCCCGAUGAUGUUCAUAGUCAAAGACAAACAUGUCUAUAGCUUUAUUUUUUUAAUCUGAAACAAAUUAAUCAGUUCGUCAGAUAACGUUUUUGAUAACCGAUCAAUAAUUUUUAUGUUCAAAUGGAAAAAUUCAGUAGUUCCAUCCUCUAAAUAAUGAAUAUUCUCAGCUUUUCUUGUAAAACAUUUGGAGACGUCACAUUGAACUGUGGGAAAUGGGGAUUUUUCACUGUUCAUCUGUCAACAAAUUAAUCAAGAGAAUAACGGCUGAUUAAUCAAUAAUGAAAAAAAGAGAUUAUUAUUUUAGUUCUGAGUAUGUUGCAUCUCUAAAAGCAUAUUGAUGUCUCAUAUUGGUUAGUUUAAUUAUGAAAAAUGUUUCUAAUCUAUAAUAAUUUUAGAUGUGAAAGAGGUUGUUUCCUCUGUGGUCCUGAGGUGUUUUUGUGUCCCAGUAAAAUCCUCUCUUUGUGUCCGGCGACGCUCACGCCGGCGUCCUCUGCCCAACAAGCCACACGAGAAGAAACGCAGCAGUUAUUUGCACUUUAAUUCCAGUUAGCUGUGAAACUGUCUUGGAAGAUUAAAUGCAGAUGACGUUAACGUAUAAAACCUGCUGUCGUUUCACUUGUGCUGAUAUAAUUUCUGCUGCUUUGUCUUUUAUCAGUCUUGAGUACGGGAUAUUUUCAGAAGAGUGUUUUGUAUUUUAAUCUUUUGCUGUCCUCAAACAAAUGCAGCUGAUUUAUUUUUGUCUUCAGAACGUGCCUGCCUUAGUAACUCUGUAAAUUCAGAAUCUUUUGACAAUAAAUAUUAAAUUAUUAAAUUGUA